AUGUUGUUUUCAUUGCUAAGCGUGGCUGUCGCAGCCUGGGCUGUUGAGACCACUGCCACUCCGGUAGUGGUAGACCCACAGCGGGAGAUUACUUAUAAAGGCCUCGAUCGCAAUGACAUCGAGGUGUUCCUCAACAUCCCCUAUGGCCUCGAUACCGGUGGCACAAAUCGCUUUAAGCCUCCACGACCAUAUGUCGCAAAGCCUGGGAGCACUAUUCAUGCCCAGUCAUACGGACCAGCAUGUCCUCAGCAGCUGGGAGAAUGGACUCUUCCAAUCUCACUUGGAAAUAUUACUAACAUCUCCGAGGACUGUCUCAAUCUCAAUGUGGCGCGGCCAAAGGGGACGACCUCCUACGACAAGCUGCCGGUCAUGGCUUACCUCCAUGGCGGUAGCUUCUGGACAGGGUCAAAUGAGGAGAUCACCAUCCGCCCCGACGGCUUGAUUCUGGAGUCGGUGCAGAAUGCUUUGCCUGUGCUUCAUGUGGCUAUGAAUUAUCGUUUGGGAUUUUUUGGGUUCGCUCAAUCGGAUGCUCUAAAGGAGGAAGGCUCCGAGAAUGCGGGAUUGCGGGACCAGCGCCUCGCCCUUGAGUGGAUACAGGAAAAUAUCGGAUACUUUGGAGGCGACCCCAAGAAGGUCACCAUAUUUGGCCAGUCAUCUGGAGGUUUAUCCGUGGGCAUGCAAAUCAUGGCAUACGGUGGGAGCAAGCCAGCUCCCUUUCACCAGGGUAUUUGCGAGAGCCAAGCCCUGGAGCCCGGCAUCACUGGUGAAUUUACCAUUAAUGCUAUGCAGAGGGUGGUUGACUAUGUGGGAUGCAACACAUCAAGCGUGCAUUCCAAAGAAACCGUGAAGUGCUUGCGAGACUUCGACAUGCAGAAAGUCCUCAAUGCCUCUCUCGAAACAUACACCGACAAUGUCAACAUUGGCGAUAUCUGGCUUCCGGCUGUCGAUGGAGAUUUUCUUCCUGCUGCACCAUCGGAUCUAAUCAAGGAGCAUCGGUUUGCCAACGUCACCACCAUGAUCGGAUGGUGCCAGGACGACGUUUCCUUCUUUACCGACACAACGAUCAAGACACCGGAGGACACCUACAAGUUCAUAUCUUCCUAUGUCGACCAUGUCUCGGAAGAGAACAUUAAGCAGCUGCUGUCACUUUAUCCAGUAUCUGAUUUCUCACCGAACGAAAAAGCAGGCCUUUCAAGUGAAUUCUACCGCUCAGCUAGAAUAUUCCGAGAUAUUAUCAUGACAUGUCAACCGACAUGGUAUGCCGAGCAUAUCGCCGCUGCGGGUAACACCGUGUACCUAUACGACUGGAACCAGACCAUACUAGAGCCCGUCUUGGCUGUAGUUAAAAAUCAAACUGGCUAUGGUGUCAUCCACACGUCGGAAUUCGCGUACAUCUUUGGGAAUUUAUCACACUACGACACCAAUGGCUACCCAUUCCACCCGACUCGGGAAGACUAUGCCCUCCGAGACCGUGGAUCUCGAUCAUGGUCAACAUUCGCCUCCACGGGGAAGCCGGGGCUCCAUGGGAGAGACACUUUCCAAGGGUUUGACAUUGCUUUCCCCGGGGACAAUGAGACGCACGUGUUCGUGAUCGGCGGCCCCCAUGAAGGUCUAUCUGCCUUCGAUGGAGACAAAGCGCACCCCGUCAUCAAAGACCAGAAGCUGAAUGAGAGAUGUGCUUUUCUCAACUCCCCCCGAGAUGAUUGA